UCCGGGGACUUUUCAUUGGAUGUGACGUCAAUCAGAUCUCUCUAACCUUUUCUCCUCAACCUACGUAUAAUCCAAAGAUAAGGACUCUUGAAAAAUGGCAGAUACGAAACCUGGGUUGAGAAAGCCAGCUUUCACAAAGGUUGAUCAGCUUCGUCCUGGAACUAGCGGACACAAUGUCACCGUUAAGAUCGUUAGCACCAAGUUGGUGUUACAGAAAGGUCGUGCUGAUGGUCCUCAGGCUCGCCAGAUGCGCAUUUCUGAAUGCAUUGUUGGAGACGAGACCGGUGUUGUCGUAUUCACCGCAAGAAAUGACCAAGUCGACUUGAUGAAAGAAGGAUCCACGGUAACUCUACGCAAUGCAAAAAUAGACAUGUAUAAAGGAUCAAUGAGGCUAGCUGUAGACAAGUGGGGUCGCGUUGAAGUCACAGAGCCUGCCAGCUUCAAGGUGAAUGAAGACACCAACAUGUCACUUGUCGAGUAUGAGCUUGUCAAUGCUGUCGAAUGAGUGGCAAAAUUUCUCGAUUUGGCGAUGAUCAGUAUUAAUAAAGGAAGUAAAAAUCGUUAAGUGUUGAUGUUGGCAUUAAGAUAAUAGUUAGCCUGAUAUCUCUAUCUAGCACAAAGCUAUGGAAGAGUGAGAUGCCUAUAUAAAAGUAAAUGCAGAGAUUUUGGGUUUAGUUGAUUUGCUUUGUUAAUUAUGACUUUGUUACAGCUUUCGUUUUGCAAUGUCAACAUAAUCCUUAAGGCUUCUGUGCAAAGUUAUUGCAUAGGUGCAAAC